GCCUUCCUGCGCCUACCCAAUGGGCGCGCUUACGUCACUACAAGCAAUCUCAGUCCGAUGUAGGGGAGUGGGACAAUAACAUAAUAUUAACCAUCACGGACGGGGAAUGAAUUGAGUUGCUGUUGUCUGCGACCCAGCGAGGAGGGCUGAGCAUGAUGAGCGGGAAGAGCCUCUUGCUGAAGGUGAUCCUGCUUGGCGAUGGAGGAGUGGGGAAGUCCUCCUUGAUGAACCGCUUCGUCACCGAUUGUUUCGACUCGCAGUCAUUUCACACCAUCGGUGUUGAGUUCCUCAACAGGGACCUUGAAGUUGAUGGACGUCUUGUCACCCUUCAAAUCUGGGACACCGCCGGCCAGGAGCGUUUCAAGUCCUUACGCACGCCUUUCUACCGAGGCGCCGACUGCUGCCUGCUUACAUUUGCCGUGAAUGACUUGCAGAGCUUUCAGAACCUUGGCGGCUGGAAGAAGGAGUUCAUGUAUUACUCUGAUGUGAAAGAUCCUGAGCGGUUCCCUUUUGUGGUGCUGGGCAACAAGGUGGACAUGGAGCAGAGGGAAGUAGGGGAGGACGAAGCGCGGGCCUGGUGCGAGGAGAACGGCUGCUGUCCUUACUUUGAGACCAGCGCUAAGGACGACACGAAUGUCACAGCCGCAUUCGAGGCAGCUGUCAGGGAGGUUUUGGCCACCGAGGAUCAUAUUGACCACUCGGUACUGAGUGGGACCAUAGAUCUCCAUGGCAACCGCAAAAUAUCUCAUAGGUCCUGCUGCUGACGGGUCAGGUUUGAAACCUCUCUGCCCGUGGGUGGAUUUGAGAGCCAGUGAGUUGUUGUUUAUGGUACUUGUAGAGCAGGUACAUGUUGUUCUAUGAUUUUUUUUGGAUAAGAUACAGUGGAGGCUAAAUUCUUUAUUAAUGCUGAUAAGGUGUAAUCUGAGGAGAGCAGUGUCAAGCGUGCUGCCGUUAUAAAAGGGUUUUUGCCCCAACCAAGGUACAGCCGUGCUGAAACACUCUUCUUGUGCUUUGUCUGCUUCCAGUAAUGUUGCACAUUGCACACUCAUCCUCAUACCAAACUUUGCAUCCGUUGUCUCAUGCAGAUUUGCGUCCAUAUUGCUUCCAGAACGAUUACAAGUAGAACUUCCAAAGUCGAACACAAUCCAUUCUGUGGCGCUGGUUGACUUCAUGUUGGUCUAAUUUCAAGUAAGGUUUCAAGUGACAUUUAAACAUUCUCAACAAAGCUCAAAGAGAAGUUACUUUUUGGAACCAUUUGUCAAUUUUCUAUACUGCUUGUCCUCAUUAGGGUUGCGCAUUGGCCUGUCACAACAAUUACUAUAUCAACUUAUCUUUUGACAAAUAAAAUGGACACGACAGUUUUUCCGGACUCGAGAAAUUGUCAUUGUUGUGGUGGGCUGACUGUUGAAUGGCUGUGUCAUUUGCUGCUAGUGGGUUCAUGGAACACCGGCAGACCGGUACACUCUUGCCGGUGUUGGCUCCCUCCAAUACUUCACAGCCUUGCUCCUCGUGCAGCGCGUAGAUUCACGCAACAGAGACACUUCAGGGAAAGUUCACCGUUUAUUAUGUUUGCUAGCCCACGAGCUAAAAAGCUAGCCUGUAAGCUAACGAGCUAGCCCGCAAGCUAUCAAGCUAGGGAGUUAAGGAGCUAAACAGCUCCCUCCACAGCAGCGAUGCUGUUUAAAACACGCUCCGAGUUGUUGUGUGGGUUGGUCUCCAAUUAACACACACACGGGAAAGUUAACUGUUUAUUAUGUUUGCUAGCUUACAAGCUUGUGAGGUAAUGAGUUACGGAGCUAACAGAUCGCUGCACCGCGGCAACGUCGUUUAAAAUGCACUUUGCUCUGAGUUGUUGUGAGUGCCCAGUUAAUACACAGGGGAAAGUUAAUUGUUUAUGUUUGCCAGCCCACGAGCUAAGGAGCUAAACAUCUCGCUCCACCGCGGCAAACCAGUUUAAAAUGUCAGCGGCUCGCUCCGUGUUGUUGUGUGUAUUAGUCCCUGGUUAACACAAGUUAACUGGUUAUUAAGCAUAACCUCAAUGGCACACGUUAUUCAGCCAGUAGUUAAAUACAGCGAACGUCAACAUAUAUUUGAUUGACAGGUGAAGGGCUCGUCUUCAGUGGACCAACCACAAAGUCUUACAGCUUGAGGGCGGGCCUUAUUUUUAAUCAUUUCAGAGGCAUAAAGAAAAACGAUAUUAUAGUUUGAUAAUAGUUUGAUAGUUUUGGGGAAAAUAUGGAAUUUGGAAAGAACCUCAUAACCCCCCCAAAAAACAAUGAGCACAGGGAGAAUAUGCAAACUCAAACAAAGGGAGACCAAAGCUAAGAUUCAAACCCAGAACUUCGGAACUGUGAGGCGGAUGCGCUAACCAGUAUUUCACCGUGCUGAGUUAUUCCCUGUAUAGUAAAGAUUUUCAGGCUUUGGUGCCUGACAGACAUAUAAUGGAGAGUCAUGGAUAGUAAAGUUUUACAGUUUUAGUUUUCAUUAUUCAUUUUUGCUUUCAGCACCCUGCUAUUUAUAUUAGCAUUCACUUUUUAAAAUUGUAUUGUUCAUAUUGUAGUAAGCAGUCAGGCAAUUUCCUAUGCCACAGUUUUCUUUUCUAUGAUUAGCAUCACACUUCUCUUGGCCAUCUUGGAGUUACAGUAAUCCUUUAAAUCAGGGGUGAAAAAGCAAAUUUUUGUCGCGGGCCAAAUUGUAGUUACGAUUUUCCUCAGCGGCUGGGUUGACAGUGAAACCAUAUACAGUAGUGUGAAAAAGUGUUUGCCGACUUCCUGAUUUCUUAUUGUGUUUGUUUGUCACAUUUAAAUGUUCCCCAUCAUCAAACAAAUUUAAAUAUUAGUCAAUGACAACACAAGUAAACACAAAAUGCAGUUCUUAAAUUAAAUUUUUUAUUAUUAAGAGAGAAAAAAAUCCAAACCUACAUGGCCCUGUGUGAAAAAAUGAUUGCUCCCGCUGUUAAAACAUAACUGUGGUUUAUUAUAUCUGAGUUCAAUUUCUCUAGCCACACCUGGAAAGGAAUCACUUAAAUAGGAUCUGCCUGACAAAGUAAAGUAAACCAAAAGAGCCCCAAAAGCUACACAUCAUGUGUAGAUAUAAAGAAAUUCAGGAACAAAUGAGAAAGAAAGGAAUUGAGGUCUAUCAGUGUGCAAUAGGUUAUAAAGCCAUUUUUAAAGCUUUGGGAGGCCAGUGAACCACAGUGAGAGCCAUUAUCCACAAAUGGCAAAAACAUAGAACAGUGGUGAACCUUCCUAGGAGUGGCCGUUUGACCAAAAUUACCCCAAAAGUGCAGUGAUGACUUAUUCAAUGGGUCACAAAAGACCGUACAACAACAUCCAAAGAAAUGCAGGCCUCACUUGCCUCAGUUAAGGUUAGUGUUCAUCACUCUACCAUAAGAACAUCAUACCAACAGGAAAAUAGGGAGGUAGUAGUGUGAUGGUCUUCAGGCUGUUUUGCUGGUUCAGGACCUGGAAAACUUGUUGUGAUAAAUGGAACCAUAAAUUCGGAUGUCUGCCAAAAAAAUCCUGGAGAAGAAUGUCCGGCCAUCUGCUCAUGACCUAAAGCUGAAAUGAACUUGGGUUCUGUAGCAGGACAAUGAUCCAAAACACACCAGCAAGUCCACCUCUGAAUGGUUGAAGAAAAACAAAAUGAAGACUUUAGAGUGGCCUAGUCAAAGUCCCUGACCUGAAUCCUAUUGAGACUCUGCGGCAUGACCUUAAAAAGGUGGUUCAUGCUAAAAAAUCAUCCAAUGUGGCUGAAUUACAACAAUCAUUCAUUCAUUUAAAAACUGCAUUUUGUGUUUACUUGUGUUAUCUUUGAGUAAUAUUUACAUUUGUUGGAAGAUGGAAAACAUUUAAGUGUGACAAACAUGCAAAAGAAAAAAAAGAGAAAUCAGGAAGGGGUCAAAAACAUUUUCACACGACUGUAACUGUUUAAUCGCCUCAUCAUUUUAUUACAUUAUACACAACAGAUUGAGGAAUAACUCUCAACAUUAUUACUACGUAUGACAAUUAGAAAUUUAGGUUUAGACUUUAGCAAGAAUCAUGGAAGUUGACGCACAUGAUUUGCUUUCGCGGGCCACAUCAAAUGAUGUGGCGGGAUGGAUCUGGCCCCCGGGCCUUGAGUUUGACACCGAUGCUUUAAAUACUCAGUUAGUUGAUAUCUCAUGAGAUUUGCGUUUAUCUCGUCUUGCAUGAUAACAGUUUUACUUUACUUUCAAGGAAUAUGUUUCCAUAGAAUUUGGAGUUCAACUAAAAUGUUAUCAUAUUUGGGGCGUUCAGCUACGGAGGUUCCGCAGUAUUUCGUUGACAAUGAAGUAAAAAAUGUCAGUUAAUAGGUACACAAAUGGACAAAUGCUUUUCAAAGCACACUUAAUAUCUGCUGUAGUGACUCAGCAGCCAGUGUUAUACGUUAACAGUUGAAUGCUAUCAGGAGAAGUAAAGUAUUUACUGUUUGUAAACUGACAGCAUCUGUAAUCCAACCAGGCAUGAACGUGAUCAUAACUGAUACAGUGUCGGUACGAAGCAGCGAUUGCCAUAGCUCUAAUAUGUAUUAUUGUCUUUAUUGUCAUCAAUAAAAAGGGAAUUGUGAGCUUUGUUUCCCCCCCGCAGCUGUUUUUACGACCAACCUAGACUGAAGCUCCAGGUGUUAUUUUAUUUCCGGUGAUUCACGUACUGUAUUUGGCCAGUGUUUUUGAAUUUCCCAGCCUCUAACUGUUUAUAAACUGCUGUUUAUUCCUCUGUGAGAAUCCCCUCCAUUCCGUUUGUGUGCCGUUUAUUCGCUUUGCCAACACUGUGUAUUAUUUGUACCAGGAAUGGAUGGGUUUGUUUCUCUGUUGUGAAAAGGAGGCUAUGAUUAUUGCACUGAAGAAAUGUUUUCCUAAUUAGGGCAUGCUUUUGAUUCUACCUUCUUGAUUGUGUGACAAGGUUUAACAAUCCAGUCCUUUUUAAAAAAUAGUACACUCACUACUACGCUCAUUCCGAAGGUCUCCUUGGUUUCACUGAUAGCUUCUAUUACACACAUGUAGACCUCAGUCUAAUGUGAGUACAAAGAUAAAGCCGUGCACAUUGCACACCGCUUCUAAACUUCAUCCAUACACUGCCGGGUGAACCAUACAUUUAAGUAUUCCUAAAACUACGAUGUUUACCUAAUUUCUGCUAAAUGGUACUUCAAUUUCAUUUCAACGUGUCUUCAGUACAUGUGACUUUACAUUUGGUACAAGUUUUUGAAAACCUUUAGAAAAUAUUUGUGAUUUUUAAUUCUCAUCAAUAUAUUGAUUGCUGCUUAAAUUAUUGUAUUGGACACAACAUGUUGCUUUAAUAAGAUUAUUUCCAUGGCAUUGUACCACCAUGUUUUCACAUGUUGUCUUAUGCUGCCAGCCUUGUGUUUACUGCUGAUAAUAUCUGUGUUAUAAAACAGCUGUGAGUGUGCGUGUGUGUGCGCGUAGUUCCAGUAAUACUGUAUGUGGACAAUAUCAAGGUUUUUCUAAUUUUGCUUUCAUAAACCACAGUAGAUUUGAAGAUGAAAUGUGAUUGAAGUGUAGACUUCAAUUCAAGAGCUUUUCAACCACAAACAAAUUGUCACUGUCAUUGUCCAAAUGAUUCUGGACCUCACUAUAAGUGGGUGUGUAUAAUCAAGCGUCACUGUGAAACUGAACCCAAGCUAUUCAUGUACUGCCCUCUUGUUGUUUUUUUUUUGAAAUAUAAGUUUAGUAAGUAGAUUUAAAGAUGAAUUGUUGGACAGAGAGUGUGUACCUGUACUGUGUCUGGAGUGUGAACUGAGCUGGGCAUUGUAAGGCCACCCCACUCGCAUGUCAUUGUUGAUGUUCUUUGACUUAAACAGAAUCCUUUUGCCCUUCCCGGUACAUUUCAAUGAUCAGUGUUCCUUGUCCUGCUAAAAAGAUGUAGCCUAACAAUGUUUACCUGAAAUCUAUCAUAGCCAAAAGUCUGUUAUUCAUAAGCAGAUCACAUGACCUACAGUACUUAUCAUCUCGUUGUUUUUUAUAUUUAUGAAUGUAAAACCUAAUUUGGGCGGUCCCCGUUAAUGCCUGAAACAAAUAAUCAAGGGGCACAUAUUUCGUAAUUGCCCAAAUGACACUAAACAUCUGUUUUGUUCAAAAUAGUGAAUUUGGUUCAAAUUAUGUGAAAGUUGUAAUGUCCAACUUGUUUUUCACGAUCUUGUUUCUUCCCUUGCUAAAGUUUUUGCACUACAUUUGAUAAGACUGGUUGUCAUUGGUUGAAUGUGAAAUAAAACAAACCAAAUCUAUGAAA